AUGUUUGGUAAGAUACUCUGCGGACCACCCGGUAAUGAUGGUAAUUACUCAGCCUCGAUCAACUACAUCUCGCGGCCUGAUAAUCCCAUAGGAGACGACCUGCAGCGGCUUCACAACCACGAGUUCGGGAACAUAGCAGACGACUGGGUAUCUAUGUCGAGGGAAGACCGAGCAGCCCUGGCUGUCGUUACCAAAACGACACGACACAACGGAACCCAGUUUGAAGUGCCGUUACCCUGGCGAAUGGGAUCCAACCGACUGCCCGAUAAUCGAGAGAUAGCCCUCCACAGGCUCAACAAACCGAAAGGACGAUUGAAAAAGAACGCACCGUUUGAGGAAGCCUACUGUAACGCCAUGAAACGCAAUCUAGAGUUGGGAUAUAUCGAAUGCGCCAUCGGAGAAUCCGAAAAAGAGCAACCACUGUGGUACCUUCCGCACCAGCCUGUCAUCAACUCCAAGAAACCUUGGAAGACCAGAGUUGUCUUCGAUUGUGCUGCCGAGUGUGCCGGGAUCAACCAAAAUGAUCGUCUACUGUAA